AUGACAUGUUUGAGUGAAGUGAAUGGGAAGGUGGAGAAAAUGAACAAGAGGCUUAGGAAGAUUGAAAGUUGCCAAGUUGUUUUAAAAAAGAGGUGUAAGAGGAUGAAGGCAAUGGAGAAGAAGCUUGAGAAGAUUGAGGAUUGCCAAUAUUAUUUAAAAAAGAAGGCCAAGAAGGUGGAGACAUUGGACGGGAGGAUUGAUGGCAUUGAGAAAGAAAUGAAGGAAAUGAAAGAGAAGGAGGAGGAUAACGAGAACAAUGAGGGUUUCGACUACCAAGGCAUGGAUUAUGACUGGGGUGGGCAGCGGAAUGACAGCAAUGGAGUGGACGCAGCAACCAAAGAACCUGAAGAUGCAGAUAUGGUUGAAAAUACAGAGGUGGUAGAAGAGAAAGAGAGUGAUGAAGAGGCUCAGAAGGACGAUAGAGGUUCUGAGGAAGAGACAGAACCUGAACCUGAAGCAGAAGCUGAAGAAGACAAAGAAAAAGAUGUUGAAACAGAGGCUCGGGUUGAGGUUCAAGAUGAGGUUGAGAUGAAUGAAGCCAAUGAGAUUGAAGAAGAGAAAGACAAAAGGAAAGUGCAUGAAGAAGCAUCCUCCUCUAAUACAAGUUUGGAGGACGUUUUGAAAGGGUUUGAAGAGAGGUUGAUGACAUGUUUGAGUGAAGUGAAUGGGAAGGUGGAGAAAAUGAACAAGAGGCUUAGGAAGAUUGAAAGUUGCCAAGUUGUUUUAAAAAAGAGGUGUAAGAGGAUGAAGGCAAUGGAGAAGAAGCUUGAGAAGAUUGAGGAUUGCCAAUAUUAUUUAAAAAAGAAGGCCAAGAAGGUGGAGACAUUGGACGGGAGGAUUGAUGGCAUUGAGAAAGAAAUGAAGGAAAUGAAAGAGAAGGAGGAGGAUAACGAGAACAAUGAGGGUUUCGACUACCAAGGCAUGGAUUAUGACUGGGGUGGGCAGCGGAAUGACAGCAAUGGAGUGGACGCAGCAACCAAAGAACCUGAAGAUGCAGAUAUGGAUGAGGAAGAGAGUGAAGAAGAGGCUCAGAAGGACGAUAAAGGUUCUGAGGAAGAGAAAGAACCUGAACCUGAAGCAGAAGCUAAAGAAGACAAAGAAAAAGAGGUUGAAACUGAGGUUCGGGUUGAGGUUCAAGAUGAGGUUAAGAUGAAUGAAGCCAAUGAAAAAAUACCUGAGAAAGAACCUGAUGAGGUUCAAGAUGAAGUUGAGAUGAAUGAAGCCAAUGAGAUUGAAGAAGAGGUUGAAACAGAGGCUCGGGUUGAAGUUGAAACCGAGAAAACUCCUACACCACCACAUGGUAGGACUAAGGCAGCAGCCACGAGGAGACAAGUCCUUACAACACCAGAGAAGUUGUUCGAAAAGGCUGAAAAAAUGGUGGAGGAAGAGGUGGAAGAACCUGAGGAAGAGGGAAAAAUGGUGGAGGAAGAGGUGGAAGAACCUGAGGAAAAGGCUGAAGAAAUGGUGGAGGAUGAGGUGGAAGAACCCGAGAAAGAGACUGAAAAAUAUACUGAGGAAGAAAAGCAAGAGUGGUACAUGGUUGUCUACGAAGGCAGUACUUGUGAAACGAAGGAAGCUGACAAGGGAGCAGUCAAGCCUUCUGGAACUGGGGUCAAUCAUAGGCCAAAGCAAAUGGCGUUGAGGAAGCAGUGGGUUUCCACUCCUUUCACUGAAGCUAACACUGAUGAGAUUGAAGGGCGCAAGAAGAAGCCUAGAACAAAGGCUUAG